AUGUCUAACAGUCAUCAUCAUGAACAAAUGCUCGAGGAAGCUGCUGCUUCCUUGUUGGAAAUUGAAGUGUCCUCUCAAACAAGAUCAAACAAAGAGGUUGGUAAAACAACAUUCAAUCUCUAUCCGGGAUUGCAUGAUGAUCAGGUCAGGAAUCAUUAUCCUCAUGUUACCGAUCGUGAAGAAGAAACAACGGUAUCAUCACCCUCACAAGUGAUCUCUAAAAUGUCAUCAUCGCCAACAGUGAGAUCAGACCAUUCAAAAGACCUACUCGUUUCUGUUGGAGUUGGUGUUUGCGGAGGAUAUAUGAGUGGACAUAUCGUACGAAUUGGAUCUCGUAUUGUUUUUGCAAGUAUUGCUGCACUUCUUUUAGCUGGAUCAACUGUCGGAGCACUUCAUCGAGAAGCUUUGAAAAAGAAAAAACAACAACAAGGUCAUUCAUUGGAUGAACCCAAUAAUUUGGAGCAGUAUGAAAUGAUAGCAAAGAUGGGAAUUGAAGCAGCUAAUCAUCACAUCAAACGCAUGAAUAUUAAGGAAAAGAUUUUCGAAAAAUGGGAAAAAGUAAGAGAAUAUACAAAGGAUAAUUAUCCAUUAACAAGUUCAUUCUUGGUCGGAUUCAUCCUUGCCAUGUUUUAA